AUGUUUGUCGAAUCAGCCGGGAAGCUUACGAAAACACUGAAACCAUGGCGUGAAUAUAAGGGAAAUCCCUCUGCUUUCAGCGGUACGUGCAUGGAUACGGAAAAGCAACGGGUGAUAGUGUAUAGAUGUUUGCUUUAUGCUGCGAUUGCCUACUCAGUAAUUCCAAUUCUGUCGAUAUGCGUCAAUAUACCGAUGAUGUUUCACUAUCUUCGGGACGUUAGGGAAGUGGUUGAAAAUGACAUCAAGUACUGCAAGAUUUCCGUCAGAGAAAUACGAUCGGAAGCAAUUCGCAUCAAAACCCUUCCCCACUUGAAUAGCACCAGACACAGAAGAGAUAUUAAUCCAUGUACCAGCUGCUGUAGACCAGGAGAGCCUGGACCACCAGGUCCACCGGGAAGAAAAGGUCGCCCAGGGAUCCCCGGCAUUCCCGGAAUGCCAGGAGCACCCGGAAGACCCAGCAGCCCCUCUUGUGAUCCAUUUACACCACCUCCUUGUGCAUGUCCUCCGGGACAACCAGGCCCACCAGGGCCAAUGGGUCCACCUGGCCCUCCAGGGCCUCCCGGCAGGCCGGGUACUAUAGCCGCCUCUCUUGUGAGGGGGCCUCCAGGGCCUAAAGGGCCUCCUGGACCACCUGGGGCAGCAGGACCGUGCGGUGAAGCUGGAAAACCUGGAGAUCCUGGCCCGAUAGAAAUACAACCUGGCCCGCCGGGACCGCCAGGGCCACCAGGUCCUGCGGGUCCACCUGGACCAGACGGACUCCCAGGAUCACUACUAGCUUCUGGACCACCAGGACCAAAAGGACCGCGUGGACCACCAGGCCCUCCGGGACCUCCAGGAAAUCCCGGUCCGGAGGGUCCACCUGGAGCAGCUGGCGGUAGUGGUAAUCUUGGCAUUUGUCCAAAAUAUUGUGCAGUGGAUGGUGGGAUAUUCUUCGAAGAUGGAACUCGACGUUAA